AUGAAUGAUCUCCCACUAUCACCACGCAGUAGCUCCCUUAAAUCAUACGUUGAUGACUCCAAGGUUUUUCUAUCCUUUCCGAUUAAAGACACUACUUCCACCAAAGCAAAUCUGGAAGAAGACCUUUGUCUUGUAGCUAAAUGGUGUUCGACUAAUUAUUUAUUGAUCAACCCAGAGAAAACCAAGCUUCUUCUUAUUGGCACACCACAGUUGUUAAAAAAACUACCUUCGUCAAUAAAUCUCUCAUUCCUAGGUAGAGAUAUUAUUGCUGUGUUCAGUGCAAAAGAUCUGGGAGUUACCCCAGAUUCGCAUUUAUCGUACAACGAACAUAUCAAAAAUCUUGUCUCAUCGUGUACUGCAAAACUUUGUCAAAUUAACAGAGUGAAAGACAGUUUUGACAAAGAAACGCUCAAACUCAUCAUUUCAUCACUUGUUAUCA